AUUUUCACUCACAGAAUUAAUCUCAUUCUGUAGAAUCAAGGCAUAUGGCAAACGCUGAUCCCUUCUCAAUGUCUACACUACUCACUUCUUUACAACAUCUACCUUUCACCUCCGCAACGGAACCCAUGAUUCCGGCGGUUCCACCUCCUCCACGUGGCAUCCCCGUCGCCAUCCCUCAACCAAGAUACCACGGUGGUCAACCUCUAAACAACUCAUUCCCCGUCGGAUUCUUAGCUCCUCAGUACCUGGAGUCUCGUUUGCAGUCGCUGUUCAACCUCAUGACUAGCAGCAAAGAAGAAGUUAACAUUGCUCCGUUCAAAGAGAUGAUCUCAAGGUUGUCCAGAAGAGAGCUCCAAGAGAUGGCGUAUUUGCUGACGUCAGAUCCCGACUACUUCUUGGCGAUCGCAAGAAACAAGAACGGCUCUCACCGCCUUCAGAAACUCAUCGGAAAAUCAGACGACGCGGACAACUUGUUCUUCCUCGCGAUCUUCCGCCGCUUCCUCCACAUCAUGACCGAUAAGUACGCGUCCUACGUGGCGGUACGAGGAAUGCAAGUUUUUGACGACAAGAAGAAAGAGUUGAUGUACGAGCACAUUCUCCCCCACGCGCUUCGACUGGCAUGUGACAAACACGGCCACAUCGCCCUCAACGAGGUAAUAACCGACUUGGACCAUCCUUUCUACAGAGACCAUCUCUUGGACUUAGUCGCGCUCAACGCUCUCUUGCUAAGCUACGAUGCUUAUGGGAACUAUGUGGUCCAACACGUGCUUACACUGUAUGACUUGCGUUGCACGUAUAACAUUGCGGUUAGUCUCCUUGGCUAUUGCGUUGAGCUCUCGUUCGACAAGUGUGGAAGCUACAUCGUGGAGAAGCUUUUGGAGACGGAGGAGUCGAUGGUUCUUGUGGUGGAAGAGCUUUUGGAGUGCGAAGGAGGCAGGUUGAUGAGGCUGGCGAGGAAAGAGACUGGGAGUUUCGUGGUGAUCAAGGCACUGAGAGUCAUGCAGGAGAUGAAUAGGGUUGAUCUGUUUAGGGGUUUGGUGCAGAAGCUGAUGCCUUUUCGCCAUCUCUUGCGUAGGCCUUGUGGAAACACUACUAUAGCAGCAAUCAUUGAGUCGGGUUGUUAGUUCUGUGUCAAACUAGUUAAUUAUGUUUAUCUGUUUUAGGGUUUAGAUUUGGUUCAUGUACUUACUACGAUGCAUGCUUGAAAGUUGUCGAUUUUAUGGUUGGUUAGUGAGGUUUGUCACUAGUGAUGUAAACAGUUCACUUGCUUACUGAAAUCUAUGGUUUGACCAAAACAAGUUUUCAGUUAAUCAUGUUCCUCUUUAACUAUCCAAUUCUGAUUCAGUUAUUCAACUGAAUGCUUAUAUAAAACGUACAAGAGUUGAGUCACACAAAACAGACACUUGCACUGUUCAAGAGUUGAGAAAACACAGAGAAGAAGCUACACAGAGGUCAAUAGCAUCUAGUAUUCUCUCAAUAAUUCAUGUUAUAAGAAGAUGAUUGAAAGCUGAAGCACUCACAGCAGUUUCCAUAACGAGGCUUUGCCUUCUCAGCUUCUACAUUUCAUCUGAAAUUUCAAAACAACCAUGAAAAAGUGCAGAGGAUGUUUAGUGUUUUUGAUCAAAACACUUUUAUCUUCACCUGAAAUGAAGUGAAAAAAUACCUUUAUGGCUCAUAAUAAAUCAAGCAAUACCAUCUACGGAAUGUGACUCAAUUAAUAGAUGCAGAGAGAUUAUUGAGUUGUUAUUUUCACUUCAUACAACAUAUUUUCUAUAGGCUCUAGAAGAGAAUUACCAGCUAUCCAAUCAUGAAUUAACAUUUGAUGACAGUUACAAUAUAACAAAAUUUUUUUGUAGUAAAUCUGAAUUAACAAAUGCAGAGAAAUCAUAUUCAUUUUCUAAUUCAGCCCCAAAUGUAAGAUAACAUUAACAC